GUUUCCUUUUUCCUGCGUCCCUGUGCCCUGGAUGAAAAAUUUCUUGCUGGGCCGUUUCAUUGGCCCUGAAUUGUUUGCUCGCCCACUAGCGAACCACACGCGAGUCCUGCGUCCCACUGCCACCAAAAUUAAAUAAUUACGACCUCAUCGGUUUCCCCUCUUCUCUUCCCCUUCAAGUCAGCAUCCCCCUGCCGAUUCCUUCACAGCUCGAGAGCCACCAUGGUGAACACACUCGAUUGUGAAUCAGGAUGAAGCUGUUCUUGAUCAGACACGCAGAGUGUCCGCAGAAUGUGGGGAAAGCAGCAGCGGGAGCGGACGGUACAAGCCUCACGUAUGAAGGUGAGAGCCAGGCCAGCGCGCUAGCACGGCAUUUCCGCGACCGGCUUGUGCGCUUCACGCACGUCUUCACCUCUGAUCUGGACCGUGCCCGGCAGACGGCCGAGGGGAUCUGCCAGCAGCAGCUUGGGGGAGGGAUCUCGCCGAUCCCUGUAGCUACUGCCGCGCUGCGAGAGCAGCAGUCUGGGUUGGACAAUGGGAGGUGGUGGCGGGCACCGUCCACGUACGAGGAGCCGUUGGAGUCGAUGCAGGCACGCGCCAACGGCUUUGUUUGGGAGAAGAUCAUCCCGCCCUUGCUGGGAGGAUCUUCUUCACCAUCACAAGAAGAUGAAGCCAUUAUUGCCGUCAUUGCGCAUGGCGUCAUCCUACAGGUCCUGUGGGCGUGUAUCGUCGACCUGUUCGAGACCAAGGACAUUCGGUCUGGGCCUAACGUGCAGCAGCCCGGCAUGCACGGUGACCCUCUUCUCCCCGUCUGGUCGAACACGGGCUAUCUCGAGCUUGAGAUCUCUCCUUCGGGGCUCAACAGCGCGAGGGUCCCACUGGUCUCGGGAACAGCGACCACCGCUGCACCCCUCGUCGGCUGGACAUUGACCAUCCACGCCGUCGACUGUACCGUUCACCUUGACGGAGGACGCUCAGGGAUCGCCCCGUUGAAUCCCGCCCACGAGUCGCGGCAGCAAUCGCUGGACGACUUCUACCGAUUGGUUGGGUCAACCUAGGGAUUCUGCCAUGCAAUACACAGAAUAGAAUAGAAUAGUUGAAGAUAAUGAAUUCGAUUGCAAUGC